UUAAGUUGAACGCAACAAUGGGCCGUACUAUAUAAAUGGAAACGCAGUCACAGUCUCAUUAUUAACAAUUCCGAACAACAAAAAAAUGGCGCAUUUUUCGGUAGUUUCACUCACCCAAGUUAUUUUGCUGUUGGUUUUCAUCUGCUGGACGCCAAGUUCGACUGGCGCUGCCUUUUCCUUGGAGGAAGAAUUCCUACAACUGAAGGAAAAUUACAUUCAAAUGAAACAAGUCGUGAAAAGUUUGGAAUCAACAACGGUUGAACUGCAGGCAAAAGUGGCAAAAGUGACACAACUGGAGGCCCAACUUGAACUAAAUAAUGAAUUAAGACAGGAUUUGACAUUGAAAGUAAAACAAUUAGAGGCAAAGAAUGCCCAACUGGAAGUAAAAAUGCAGGACCAAGAAAGAAUUUUAACUUCCUUAUUGGAAGCGGCUGAGCUUCCAGUUCCCACUUAUUCAAAAUUAUUUCCAGUUGAAAAAGAUAUUUUAAUGCGAUCAACUGGAAGGAGCGGAAUCCCAAGGACAUGCAGAGGACUUCAAGCGACUGAUCCUUCACUUCCAUCCGGAAUGCACUGGAUUGAUCCGGACGGCCAAGGUGUCGGCGAUGACCCAAUUUACGUUUACUGCGACAUGACAUCAGGAUCGACCUCAAUUGUACACGAUAGUGAAUCUUCUUUAAAUGUGGGCCACUGUGCCGAUGCCGGGUGCUAUUCACGAUCCAUCAACUACAAUUCGUCAAUGGGACAAAUAAAAGCUUUGAUGGAAUUAUCCACUGAAUGCCACCAGUCGAUUAAAUACGAUUGCAACUUUGCCCCGUUCGAGUUAAAUGGCGUCGCCUACAGUUGGUGGAACGACAGAGAGGGAAAUCCGCAAUAUUUUUGGGCCGGAAGUAACACGGACGGAGUUCACACCUGCCAGUGCGGAAUUGAUGCAAAUUGCGUCGAUCCUGUGGCGAAAUGCAAUUGCGAUUCUCUUGCACCACUUCAAUUAGUCGACGACGGUGUCAUUACCGACAAAAAUGUCCUGCCCGUCACUCGGUUGAAUUUUGGACGAACUCAACUGGAAACUUCAUCCGGCGUCCACACCCUCGGCCGACUCGUGUGCACGCUGACCUUCAGUGGACUGCCAAAGUCGUGCCAAGAUUUGCGGUUAAUUGGCCACACCCUGAACGGAUUUUAUUCUGUCAUGGGAUCGGCGAAAAUGGAAUCCGUUUACUGCGAUUUCACUAAACUCCCUGACAAUGAGGGUUUUCAGAGUUGGAUUGGAUACGCCGACGUCAAAUCUGCGCCCGUCUAUUUCUACGUCCAGAGAAAUUCUUCAUUUAACACACAACACAUUCCGAUCCCGUUCGAUUUUGCGCGAGUGAACGAGGGAAACGCCAUGGAUUUGGCAUCGGGGAUUUUCACGGCAUCGCGACCGGGAAUUUAUUUUUUCUCUUUCGCGGGAACGACGCGUCUUAUAUCUUCAUCUCCUAUUGGGUUUUGUUUUUUUCUUUUUUUGAAUGGGAAUAUAAUCGUGACGAGUUAUGUUCAAGAGAUGAAGGGCCCCGUUGAUCAAUGGAGUCCAUUGACCCUCCAGUCGACGCUGAACUUGAAAAAAGGCGAUCAAGUCUGGGUGACGAUUGAAUAUGGUGGUUCAUCGUCUUUGUAUGACGACAGUUACCACCACACCCAUUUUACGGGUUUCAUGUUGGAGGAGGAAAUUGUGGUGUCCCUUUGAGGUUCAACUUCAUCGGAGACACGAACAAAUUUUUGACCCAAACAUUUUUGUUUAACGUCGACACGAAAUUUUGGGAAAGUGAAUUUUAAGGGGGAAGGGAAAAAAUUCGUUCGACUCCUAUUCAUUUAGGGGUAGCCAUUUCUUUACGAAAAUUUUAC